AUGUCCCAGCAGAGCGCCGCUUCCGCCAAAGGCUUUUCCAAGGGGUCCUCGCAGGGCCCGACUCCCUGCCCCGCGCCGGCGCCCACCCCGGCGUCCGGCUCCUCCUCCUCCCCGUGCUGCGGCGGCGGCUGCUGCGGCUCCGGCUCGGACGGCGGCUGCUGCGGCAGCGGCGGCGGCUGCUGCGGCGACACCGGCUGCUGCGGCUCGACCUCCACCGGCUGCUGCUGCUUUCCGAGGAGGCGUCGCCGGCAGCGCAGCGGCUGCUGCUCCUGCUGUGGGGGCGGCAGCCAGAGGUCGCAGCGCUCCGGUAACCAGAGCUCCGGCUGCUGCUCCGGCGGCUGUUGCUGA